CAAGACGCUUAAUCGAUGCAAAGCCGUUCGUUGUCCCUCUCUUUUCGCUCCGACAUUUCGCUCCUCGCGUUGCUGUUGUCUAUAAAUGACCAUGUAAUCCUCGUCCUUCUUUCUCCCCUCCAAAUACCCCAAACCUCUGACUCGUGUAUGCAACGCGAAAUCUGAGCAUCAUGAGCAAGAGACAAUUCAAAUCGCAAGCCAGCAGUGGCCGCGCUGGGUACGUGGCGGGAGGGUUCGGCAGCAGCGCCUUUGCAGCAGGCUCAUCCUCGAUCCUCUCCUACAUUCAAGAACCCUUGGACUACUCCAACAUCACCGAUGCCAACGUCGUGGUGGCGUUUAAGAACCUCUCCAAGAAGGACGACACUACGAAGGCCAAAGCACUGGAAGAAUUGCAGACCUACGUCACUACUACGACUGUCGAUGUUGAAGGAGCCUUUCUGGAUGCAUGGGUCCGAGUAUUCCCCCGGCUUUCCAUCGACAACUCUCGCCGUGUACGCCAGCUCACUCACAUCCUCAACGGUCAUGUAUGCUCCAAAAGCGGCAAACGGACUGCCCCGCACAUGCCUAGAAUCGCUGGCCCUUGGCUCGCUGGUCUCUUCGACAGCGAUCGAGCGGGGGCCAAAGCUGCUUCGGAUGCGCUCCAUCUGGUCUUCAACACUCCGGAGAAAGUGUAUGGCGUCCGCAAAGCCUUUCAGCGUCCAAUCUUGGAGUACUGCCGAGAUGCGGCACUGUAUGAGACCAUUCAAACCCUCAGCGAUCCGCGCACUGUCAACCCAGACGACGCCGAGGCCACUUACGCCCGCAUUGUAGCAACCAGCCUCACAGUCAUCAGCAGCCUCCUCCACGAAUUAGAGCCCGCAGACCUCGAGAAGGAAAUAUCAGUCUAUGAAGAAAUCCUCUCCGAGCCCAAGCUGUGGGAAUUUGUCAAUCAUCCUGAUACCGGCGUUCGGCGAUCCAUGCACCGCUUCAUUCAAGCCGUGCUGGACAGACGGUCGACGCUACUGCAGCCCCAUACGCAAGCGAUUUCCACCGCCUACGUCGACAAAGGCCUGCAUUCAGGUCAAACUGGCUCAGCUCUCGACUACAUUUCAACCCUGGAGUCCCUCACUACGUUCAUGCCCUCGAUCUGGACGGAUGCCUACGCAGGAAAGAAAUCUGCCGUCUCACGCCUGCGUCACUUUGUCAAGCGGGGCUCUCAGUCGGCAUCCGCAGAUUUCUGGAUUUCGCUGGAUCGUCUGUUAUCAAGCAUCCCUGCUACUGUCAUGCCGUCAGACCCCAAGGAUAUCUCCGAUCUCCUGUCUGCAGCGCGUACCGGCGUUUCGAGGAGAGAGGAGCGGCAGAAUGCCUCCACGGCUUGGCCAACUUACCUGGACUUCGCCUCACUGUUGACAUCACCUCUUCAGCAGGCCGAAGCUGAGGCUGUUCUUGAUUCUCACGUUUUGCCACUGGUACGAGAGUAUCUCCAUCCUCAGUCAGAGACUGCAGAGUGGAGUAUCGCUGGGGCUCAUGCGACUGCUGUUCUUCCAAAGGUUCUCAAGAUCACCAAGGCUUUGCCACUCAUACAAACAGAGUGGCCGAUCCAGGCAGAGAAGUUGCUGGAACUUGCACGAGUCUCGCAACCAGAGCAGUCGAAAGAUUUCAAAAAGUCGCAGGAUCACGUUGCAGCCUGUGGCGCUCGCUGGGCUGGGUUGCAAAAGCUGUUCUGGAGUGACGCAUCUGGUCAUGGACUACAGCAAUGCUUUAUUGCCAUAAGCAAUACAGCCCUGGCGACGUGUAUCGGCCUUCUGCGAUCUCGCAACGGAAAGCCUUACGGCGCGGCCGGGAUUGUCGACCAUCUUCUUCAUACGUGCGGCAAACAAGUGAUGCAAGACAAAGCGUUCCGAGAGGCGUAUCUGGAAUUUGCAGCAGACGACCUGCCAGAUAUGAUGUUCGCUCCCGCCCAGGCACACCUGGUUCAUGGCCUGUAUGCGAUCAGCUCAGACACGAAAUUCCCCGCUGCCUUCACACGUCUCCUCAGCUCCAUUCUGGAUGUGGCCGAAGACGACGCUGCCAAGUUGGAUGCUCUUCGGGUUGUGUUUAUUGCGAGCACCCCGAGCGAGGGUGUGGCGGCUGCCAAAGGGUCACAGCCUCUCCAAGAUUUCUUCAUCCACAGCUCUGCUGAUGAAACACAAGGAGAUUUUGGAGCUUUGUUCGCGGAUCUCGUCGAGCUUGGUGUGCUUACCGACUCCACGUCGGAUACAAUCCUCUCAAGGCUUACGCAGUCGCUCACGACGGCGAACCAUGCCGCGACAGCGUUGCCGGUCAUCGGCCUUCUACAACAAUCCAGUCCACGAACGGUCACCAGAUUCAUGUCGAAGCAUGAUGGGCCUGGCAGUGAAUUGAUCCCGAACCUACUCCGACUGGAGCAAUCCCCAGACGAUAGCGUCGCCGAUAAAGCUCACGAGCUUUCUGCCAAGCUAUCGUCUUCUGUGAAUGGCCCGCCGGUUCAAAGUCGAUAUCAGGUCGUCCUACAACAUCUGGAGCAAAUUUCUCCAGCCUCGCUACCAAUUGACGCCGUUAUGGAGCUGGCCAAUCGACUCAUUGGCCCGGAUCAGAAGUCGACGCACAUCUCAGACCUCUUACCAUCGCUGAAUGUCUGGAUUUUGGCUGUCAAGAGUGUUGUCCGGGCUCCAAACGCUGCACUGGCGCUCACAAGCCCCUUUGGGGGUGCUGUCCAUUUUCUGAACAACACUCAUGCUUCCUCGAAAGCUGUGCAAUUCGACACCGAGGGCCUCUCACAAGCGUUGCGCAUCUCGGUCUACAUCGCCAAGUUCUUCUCGAGCUCUGGUGCGCUUGAGCAGCUUGGUGAGGAGAAGAGCAUGAUUUUGGCUCUACUCCGAACUAUGGUAUACAUUGCAGAAGACAACGUCAGCCUCCCCGGGACGAACGAACUAUGGAACGCUCGACAUAACACUCAAGCCGAGGACACCGCCUUGGAGUUUAUCACUGAAGCCAACAAGCUUCUGAGUGGUUAUGACGCGGACAUCACGCUCACCUUGGAUUCCGAUGCACCGGACUUUACCGCCCUGGAAAGACUGCGAGAGGGCGAGGAUGCGCUAUCGCCAAUGUUGUACUACACAUGGCUUGCCUACGCUCAGAGCAUGACAAAUGCAUUCGAGGUCCAUGGCUUCUCGAGCACGCAAAGUCAAGAAGGCGAAAAGGUGCUCGAAGAGCGUAUUUCCCAGAAGCAGCUGCUGCCGUUGACUGCGUGCGUGCUGGGGUUGCGACAGCCGCUCACCAGCAGCCAGAGGUUGAACAAAUGGUGCAACGGCCUGAUUUCGGACUUGACCAGUGUCGAUACCCUGCACGAACAGAAAGCACUUGAGCAACUCAUCCUCCUCAACACCAUCCUCGAUACCCAAGAAGAGAUUACGACGGGGAUUGCGAAGCAGCGCCUUGUGUUCCUCCUCAAAGCAAUGACACAGUGGCUAGGCAAAUCACUGUUGGGAGGUCAUGGUGAAACUGUAUCAACGGCACUCAAAACCGAAAUGUUCAAAGCCAUGGCGAAGCUUCUGCCUGCAAUGCACGACCUCUAUGGUGAGCGCUGGGAGGAAGUUUUGACCGCCUUGAUUGCUUGCUGGGGUACGGAUCUGACCACGGACAACGAGACGCCAAUUUCCGGGGAGAACAUUGUCCUGAUGAACGGCACACUCAAACUCCUCGGCACGCUGAGAAGAAUGGCAAAAUCCGAGGAUGCAAAUGACGAUUUGGUCGAAGCACUGCAGAAAGAGGAUGAGCAAAUUCGUCGCGAGCUCAUCCGCCUGCUCCUAGAGGCGAACGGCAAUCACGACGAGACGAACCAGCCGCUAUUGAUUACUCACGAGCUGUUGGCUCGACAAUUGGCCUCGCUGCCAUAUAAACCCAUCCAACAGGCGGACGAGCUCUACACACUACUCAACAGUGCUUCGCGUCCCGUCAUGCAGGCGGGCUUCGACCUGCUGCACCAACACAUUCCCGCGGCCCAAGAGCAGAUCUCCUUUGAUGCCGCGCUUGAGAACAAGACUGCUCAGUUGCCUGACGAGCUGCUCUCGCUUAUUCUGGAAGCUCCCACCAUCGACUCGCUUGCCGAUGCCUCGUUCGAUCGCAUGAUGCCGCUGUCGCUGCAAGGUUACUUGUUCAGCUGGCGACUGGUAUUCGACCACUUUGUCGGGUCCAGCUUCCGAGUCAGGAGCGACUAUAUCGAGCAGCUCAAGGGCGAUGGGUAUCUGACGGGCUUACUGGAUCUGACUUUUGAUCUUCUCGGCCAUACUACCGGGAAGCCGACGGACGUGUCGAAAUUCGACCUACAGACGUACGUUGCCGAUGUCGAGCCUAGCCCCGAGAAGGAUGUCCAGUGGCUGCUGGCGCAUCUGUAUUUUCUGGCUCUGUCUCAUCUUCCAAACCUGGUCAAGACUUACUACCUCAACCUCACGUCCCGACAGACACCGCCUGCGAUUGAAUCGUGGACGGCAAAGUACUUCAGCCCCUUGCUCGUCAACGCGGCACUGGAGAGCGUGGCAGAGUGGUCGGAGAAGACCGUGAAGACGGAUGCAGAGUACGAGCACAUGACGGUGAAAGUGGGCAUGCGCAGCAAAGAAGUGCACAUCGGAUAUCUUGUCGACGAGCAGACAAUGGCCAUCAAAGUCAUCCUGCCCGACGCCUACCCACUGGCCUCCGCCCAAGUGGUCGGCAUCAACCGGGUAGCAGUCAAGGAAGAAAAAUGGCAAAGCUGGCUCCGCGGCUGCCAGGGCGUCAUCACGUUCUCCAACGGCAGCAUCAUCGACGGCCUGACAGCCUGGCACAAGAACGUGGUGGGCGCGCUGAAGGGCCACACGGAGUGCGCCAUCUGCUACUCCAUCAUCAGCGCGGCCAAGGAGCUGCCGGCGAAGCGGUGCAUGACGUGCAAGAACAUCUUCCACGCCAGCUGCUUGUUCAAGUGGUUUCGCACGAGCAAUGCGAGCACGUGUCCGCUGUGCAGGACGCAGUUUAGUUACAAUUAGGGGGGUGGGGGGAAGUCUUGAGAUGAAAGUGGGCGGAAGGAUGGCGAAGGAGGGUGGUGUUUGCGCUCGAGGAAUUGGAACUGCCGAGAUUUGGAAUUUCGGCAUGAUUUCAAUGGCGGCAGAGUUGUCGGAGAUUGGACGGUUCCAAUGGAAUGGUAAAGUAUGGAUAUAUAUAUAACGUUGGAGUGCAGCAGAGGAAGACGUAAUGAUGAAAAGCAGAUUCGAUGGACGUG